GUACUAUAGCAGUAGUAGUAUUUGAUUUAAUAACACAAAUAUGGAAGGUUUAAAUACUGCAGAAUAUCAAAUGAUGAUAUGUCAUUUUAAGCGUUUUUUAUGCAGCUGAUAUUAUGACAAUAUAGUGGCAUAAAACUGCAAUUAAAUUAUUGGUCUGUUUCUCUUUCCCACUUUCUCAUUUCACAGAUGUCGUAUGCCAGUGACAAGCUGUACAGGGAGUACCUAAUUAGGAAUAUGCCGACAAUUGUGACCAAGGUGAAAGCGAGGGAAAUAGUUCCCUAUCUGCCUUGCUUGACUGAUCAUGACAGGGAAACAAUUGAGGCCAAAAGAGAGAUGUAUGGGAACUACAACAGCAUGGUGCUUCUUCUGGACUGUCUGAAGAGAAGAGAAAACUGGCCCGAGCAAUUCAUCGAAGCACUUGAGGCGUGUGGCCAUCCGACCAUUGCAGCUGAGAUUCGUAGAGAAUACGACGCUCUGAGAGGCAUCAACAAUUCCAGCCCCAGCUCUCUUCCAACGACUGUCACCAGGGCACACGUCCAUCCAACCCCAUCUGCCAGUCAUCUGCCCAUCCCAGAGAGUGAUGGAACUAGUCAGGCUGCUACUCCUGCUGCUGCUGCUGCUCCUCCAGCUGAAGCAACAGCUCCUCCAGGUGCUGCUGCUGCUCCUCCAGCUGAAGCAACAGCUCCUCCAGGUGCUGCUGCUGCUCCUCCAGCUAAAGCAGCAGCUCCUCCAGCUGAAGCAGCAGCUCCUCCAGAGCCAGCUGCCCAGGCCUCACCCCCUCUGGACGUCCCUGUGCAGCCACAAGCCCAAGUUCCUGAGGCUGUUUCUCCACCUGAGCCUGUCGCUGAGCCUCCACAGUCAACUCAAAUCGAAGUGGCACCUGCUCCAUCAACACCUCCUCCCUCCCCUGAAACCCCACACACUGAGGUGACAACAGCAACCCCACCUCCUCAGAGGGAGAUCAAUUCUCACCAGGAGCCGGAGGAAAACUCUGAAUCAGAUAUCCAGGAUAUUUCUGGUGAUAAUGGUGUGACUGCCGGAAACGGCGACGUAUCGAUCAGCUCUGUAGACGCUCCAUCCUGCCCUGAUCCUCUCCCAACAACAACAACAGCAACAACAACAACAACCACAGAGGUCAGGCCAACACGGAGUCCCUCUCCGACUCAGAUAGACUCCGAUGUGACCGAUGGAUCAGAUUUCCUCCUGAGGACCCCAGAGAAGCCUCCAGUCCAGGACACCACCCCUCCUCUGAACAUGAAACCUGCAGUUGUCCUGCAGCCUGAAGAGACAUCUGAACCUCCUGCCACAAAGGUUGUUGAAAGAAGCCCUCAGACAGAAACUGCACCUGCAUCCUCCCCCCUGCCUGGUGCCGCUGGGAUCGACACCUCUCCCUGUGAUGACAGCGACGUGUGUCUGAGCAAGCCUGGUCACCUUGUCAGCAUUCAUCCACAAAACAAUGGCAGCCCUGCUAUCCCUGCAGCCAGUCCUCCAGCGGAGCCCUACUCGGGUAACAGUGACCGACUGGAAAUUAGUGAGGCUGCGCCAGAAACUGUGAGCUCGGCCCACGUCCCCACAUGCUCUGCUGUCAGCUCCACCACUGAGUACACAGUGUCUGCACUGCCGUGCCAAGAGAACGGCAUCACUCUUGACCACAACGAACCGGAGGAGAACUUCUAUGAGUCUACUGGUCAGAGUUUAGGACUGCAGGAUGUGCGGGAGAAUGUGGUGCAAAUAUCCGAGGAGCCGUCAAUUCUCAACUUGGACGGCCAAAGCUCAACACCGCAAGCUCAGAUCUUCAACGGUGAAGCAGCCAAAGAGAUCACCUGUGCACCACCGGUAUCUUCCAACGCUGCUGAUACUGUAUCGAGCGUGAACACCCCCUCCUGCGAGAACCACCACCUGUCUGAGCCUGCACCAGCUGAGGCUUCGGCACAGCUGAAGACCCUGCAGGAUUCAGAGAAGAUUUCUCCCUCUCGCACCCUGCCAGCUAACACAAAGUACAUUCUGACCGCUGCAGGAGUGGGCGCCUGUGCACUGCUGAUGGCGUGGAAGUUUAAGAAUUAAGGGGACUUAGUACCUUUUAAAGGAAGAGAAGAUUAUGGCUUUAAGGCUUGGGAAAGAGGAUCUUGAGGGUAUGGUGCCUUAUUGCAAUCCCUGGACUGGACUGGCGUGAGGCAGCUGUUUAAUAAUUACCUAUAGUAAUAAUAGCUGACUUGCCAGACCUUUGAUCAUGUCAUUAAUUACAGGCCAGUUAGGAAGUCGGACUGUGUUUUAUUAUUUUACCCUUGAAUGAAGUUGACCUUAGUGAGCAGAAACCAAAUCUCCCCUUCGUAUUGUGGUUAUGGAACUCAGGUUAUUUAUGCACUAGCUGCAAAUAUGUGGUUUGUAAAGGUUCAGAGAAACUGUGUAUUAAUGAUGGAAAUGUUCACUCCUCUGAUAAACACUCCCGUGAUAAGACUGUUGGCUGUCAUCCAGUGAGGAUUAGAGAAGCAAGGACCUGAAUUUUACUGGAUUUUGACUGUGGAAGGAUGAGAACCAGCACCACACUCCGCACAUUUUCCUUUCCUGGUUUUAGUGGGAAGUGGUGCUUUAAUGAUGGCUAUCGCACUGUCUGUAUUUAUUUGUACAUAUAUAUAUGUAUAAGUAUAUGAACUAUAUAGUUCAAGUAAUGUAUUUUAAGAAAAACUGAUGUGUCAAAUAAUUCCAAAGCAGUUAUUAUGUCUCAUAUUCAGCGUUCAAAAAAUUAAAAUAAUUGAAUAAUUGUAUUUGGAUCAUAAUCUCGACCAGUGGUCUCAAAGUGGGGUCCUUGAGGGGUCCUCAGCAGAAAGGGGAAUCAUUUGAUUGUGCUAUAAGUCUAUUAUUUAGUUUUUAGUCAUUGGUUUCACACACUUAAAACAUUUAAUGGUAAAAUUCUUAUGCAAUGGGCAUUUGAGGUCUUAUUUGUGUCGGUUUAGGCUCCUUGGGAACCAGUGGAAGACCAGUUACUCCCAAACGUCGUGAAACCAUUGUCUUCCUUAAUAGUGAUUUGAACUUCCAUGGCUUUCUCCUGUUUAUUUCUUAGCUACAUACUUAACUGGGGUUUUAGGCUUAAUUAUGGCUUUUGUCUUUCUUAUUGAUGUUGAAAAAUGACAUCGCCUAUUUUUUUUUUUUUUUUUUAAUUCAGUGAGAUAA